AUGAGCACUGUUGGAGCCUCCGAGUCGAGUAUCGCAAGUUCAGAGUCGAGUGUCGCAAGCUCCGAGUCAAGUGUCCUGAGCUCUGCUGAGAGUGCUGUAAGCUCGGCGGCCAGUCAAGUCAGCUCGGUGGCAUCGGCCAUCGCCACCACCACCGCCGCCACCUCUUCGACUACGGAUUCGACGACAGUGCCAUCGACGACACCACCUUCUACCUCGUCAUCCACUACUUCCUCGCUGCCUUCUUCAACGACCAUUUCUACUACAACCACCACCACCACAACUUCCUCUCCCUCCUCCUCCCCAACAACUACCACCACCACCCGUUCAACAACCAGUCCGAGCCCAGUUCCUACAACCACUUCAAGCUCUACAUUCACCACCUCCUCAACAUCCUCAGCGUCAUCCUCGACUACACCAUCCUCCUCUAGCUCUUCUUCCUCAACCUCGUCUUCCUCGUCCAAAUCGAGCACCACAAGCACGAGUGAAGCCCCAGUCGUUAUAACCACCUCCAGUACCUCGAUUUCCUAUACGACUACCACCUCGUACGUCACCCAAGUCCUCCAAACUACCUCAAAUGGGCAACCAGGCUUCACCACCAUCACAUCCGUCGUGAUAGCGACAAGUCCCGCCACCACGCUCGUGGCACCAGCAACUUUUACAAGCACUCCAGGCGUCGCCCCGACCCUCCUUCCAGCGAACAGCGGCGGCGGUGGCAGCUCAGGUCUGUCGACAGGUGCCAAAGCCGGCAUAGGGGCCGGUGUCGGGAUUCUAGUUCUAGCUGCUGCUAUCUUUGGCGGUUGGUACAGCUGGUACAUGAGGCGGCGGAGGAAACGAGACUCCUACUCCCAUGAUCCGUACACCGAUGAGCCCCUGCCCAGCAUGGCAGGCCUCGGCAUCGCAGGCGGCGGAGCUGCAGGUAUGGGAGCCAUGGCCGCAAUUUCAUCAGGUUACCGUGACACCUCGAACCGUUCCGACACGCGUUCAGAGCUACCAUCCCCUCCGAUUCCUUCCCCACCGCCUCGAUCUCCAGACCGACUUCUUCCACCUGGAGUAGUACCCUUCGCAUACCGAGGUUCUAACUCACCACCCAACAACCAAGGCUCUUCCCACAUGUCUGUCUCAGACCAGAGCGAGUACUCACAAGGGAACAAUCAAUUCCAGCCGGGCGGCCAAUACCCUCAAGGGCCAAACGCAGCGGGAGCUGGCUACUUUGGCGGCAAUCUCAACGAACUACCUGAAGACCAGAGAAAUAUCCACCAGCUGCCGGAUGACCAAGUCUCCAACCCCAUGUCACACCAAAGCUACCAACAUGCCAACAUGGGCCAAGAUGGGUAUUGGUCCGGGCAACCAUCGGCACCUUCGGCACCGUCUGCGCCCUCAGCACCUUCCGCGCAGGAGUCCUAUGAGUUGCCCGGAGGACAAAGUCCCACACCUGCGACUGCGCAGCCGCAGGGUGGACAGGGAGGCUACCGCGGCGCGGAUCGAGAGGUUCCUCUCCAUCAACGCAUGGAGGGCAGAGUGCCGUACCGGCCAGGCCAUCUAUCGCCUUCGGCCAAUUUCUAA